AUGCCUUUCGGGCUGAAACUGCGACGGACCAGACGCUACAAUGUCUUGAGUAAGAACUGCUUUGUGACAAGGAUCCGUCUGCUGGACAGCAACGUGAUCGAGUGCACCCUCUCCGUGGAGAGCACGGGGCAGGAGUGCUUGGAAGCUGUUGCUCAGAGGCUGGAAUUACGUGAGACGCACUACUUUGGCCUUUGGUUUCUCAGCAAGAGCCAGCAAGCCCGCUGGGUUGAACUGGAAAAGCCUCUGAAGAAGCAGCUGGACAAAUUUGCCAAUGAGCCUUUGCUUUUCUUCGGGGUGAUGUUCUAUGUGCCCAGUGUUUCCCGACUGCAGCAGGAGGUAACAAGAUAUCAGUAUUACCUACAAGUGAAAAAGGAUGUUCUUGAUGGCCAAUUACUUUCUUCAUUGGAGCAGGGAAUUCGACUAGCUGGUUUGGCAGUGCAAGCGGAUUUUGGAGACUAUAAUCAGUUUGAAUCUCAUGACUUCCUCCGAGAAUAUGUCUUGUUCCCUAUGGAUUGGACCCAGGAUGAAGCUGUCUUGGAAGAGCUGACUCAAAAGGUUGCUCAGGAGCACCGAACUCACAGUGGCAUUACAGCAGCAGAAGCUGAGCUAAUGUACAUCAAUGAAGUGGAACGCCUUGAUGGGUUUGGACAGGAAAUUUUCCCUGUGAAGGAUAAUCAUGGAAAUGACAUACAUCUCGGUAUUUUCUUCAUGGGAAUCUUCAUAAAAAACAGAAUUGGAAGGACAACUGUGAUUUAUAGGUGGAAUGACAUUGGGAAUAUAGCACAUAACAAGUCUACGAUUGUUCUAGAGUUGAUCAACAAAGAAGAGAAUGUGCUCUUUCACACAGAUGAUCUUGAAAAUGCCAAAUAUAUUUCACGGCUGUUUGCAGCAAGACACAAGUUUUACAAACAGAAUAAAAUCUGCACAGAACAAUCAAGUUCUCCUCCUCCUAUCCGACGACGGCCCACUUGGAGUAGGUCAUCCUUGCCAAGACAACAUCCAUUUAUACUGCCUCCUAUGCAUGUCCAGUGUGGAGAACACUACACUGAAACACAUAAUUCACAAGAUAGCAUUUUCCAUGGAAAUGAAGAAACUUUCUACUGUAGGUCUCAGACCAGUUUGGACAGGUGUCCAGUGGACUUCAGCUACUUGAAUGGUAAUGGACCCAAUGGGAGUGUAUGCAGUGCCCACAGCAUGAACUCCCUGAAUCGCUCACAGAACUUCAUCCAGGCAUCUCCGAUGUCCUCAAAUCUGAGCAUCCCUGGAAGCGACAUCAUGAGAGCAGACUACAUCCCCAGCCACAGACAUAGUGCAAUCAUAGUACCAUCUUACCGGCCAACUCCAGAUUAUGAAACUGUCAUGAGGCAAAUGAAGAGAGGGGUGAUCCAGAUGGACAGCCAAAGUCAGUCUUUGAGGAAUCUCAAUAUUGGAAACACACACGCUUAUAACCAACCGGAAGACCUAGUUUACAGUCAGCCUGAGAUUCGAGAGAGACAUCCUUACACGAUUACAUACGGGCCCCAGGGUGGCAGCUAUAACAAGCCUGUUGCCCCGACUGACCAAAUGAACCCUAAUAAUGCUGUGCAAAAUAAGACAGCAGCCAGUGCCAUAUCCCACACUGUCAGCACACCAGAACUGGCUAACAUGCAGCUGCAGAGCAGCCAGAGUUACAACACCGCUCACAUGUUAAAGAACUAUCUCUUCAGACCCCCACCUCCAUACCCGCGCCCACGUCCUGCCACUAGCACGCCAGACCUGGCAAGCCACCGGCACAAGUACGUCAGUGGGAGCAGUCCUGACUUGGUCACUCGCAAAGUCCAGCUCUCAGUAAAGACGUUCCAAGAGGACAGCUCGCCGGUCAUCCGUCAGUCACUGCAGGAGGUCAGCGAGCCCCUCAUGGCAGUGAAGCAUCAUGCAGCUGUGAACAAGCGCCAUAGUUUGGAGGUCAUCAGCAAUAUGGUACGUGGUAUAGAAGCCAUGGCAUUAAAAACUUUAAACGCCCCUCUGCCGCGCAGGAACACUUUGCGGGAGCAGGUGCAGCCAGAAGAGUCGGUUCAGAUGGGGCAUGAAGUUCAGCAAGUUCCUCAUUAUCAUCACAAAAAGACAUUCUCUGAUGCCACGAUGCUGAUACACAGCAGUGAAAGCGAAGAGGAAGAAGAAACCCCAGAAUCUGUGUCACGGAUAACAGCCCUCCAUGAGAACAUGGAAUAUAGUGCUCAGCUGCAAGCUGCCUUGGCUAGAAUACCAAAUAAGCCUCCUCCAGAGUAUCCUGGGCCUCGUAAAAGUGUCAGCAAUGGAGCCCUGAGGCAGGACCAUGUUAGCAUUUCUGUGGCUGUAGCCAGGGCCAAGGCCAUGAGGCCAGGGCCUUCCAAAGCCGUUAGUGUCUCUCGAACUGAUCAAAUGGUAAUAAACGGGUCUUCGCUUGGGCCCUCUAUCUCAGAGCCUGACCUCACGAGUGUGAAAGAGAGGGUCAAGAAAGAACCUGUCAAGGAAAGGCCUGUGUCUGAAAUGUUUUCUAUUGAGGACAGCAUUAUAGAAAGAGAAAUCAUGAUGAGGAAUCUAGAAAAGCAGAAGAUGGCAGGCCUGGAGGCCCAGAAGAGGCCCUUGAUGUUGGCAGCACUGAACGGACUCUCAGUUGCUAGGGUUCCAGUGCCGGAGGACGGCCAGGAUGAAGUCGCCAAGGUGCCAAUGGAUGAGAGGUGCAAAACCCUGAAGAGGAAGUUGGAAGAGGGGAUGGUGUUUACUGAAUAUGAGCAGAUUCCAAAGAAAAAGGCAGAUGGGAUCUUCACCACUGCUGCCUUGCCUGAAAACACUGAGCGCAACCGCAUCAGGGAGGUCGUUCCUUAUGAGGAGAACCGAGUAGAGCUGGUGCCGACCAAAGAAAAUAAUACAGGCUACAUCAAUGCUUCACACAUAAAGGUUACUGUAGGUGGAGAGGAGUGGCACUACAUUGCUACCCAAGGGCCUCUGCCACACACGUGCCAUGACUUCUGGCAGAUGGUGUGGGAACAGGGAGUGAAUGUUAUAGCCAUGGUCACAGCUGAAGAGGAGGGAGGAAGAAGUAAGAGUCAUCGUUACUGGCCUAAACUGGGCUCUAAGCACAGCUCAGCCACUUACGGGAAGUUCAAGGUGACAACUAAGUUCCGCACAGACUCCGGCUGCUAUGCAACUACUGGUCUGAAGGUCAAACAUCUUCUCUCUGGACAAGAGAGGACAGUGUGGCAUUUGCAGUAUACUGACUGGCCAGACCAUGGGUGUCCAGAAGAAGUCCAAGGCUUUUUGUCUUACUUGGAGGAGAUACAGUCAGUGCGUCGCCAUACCAACAGUGUGUUGGACAGCAGCAACAACUGCAACCCUCCUAUUGUGGUUCACUGCAGCGCAGGGGUAGGAAGGACCGGAGUGGUUAUCCUAACAGAACUGAUGAUUGGGUGCUUGGAGCAUAAUGAAAAAGUGGAUGUUCCUGUGAUGCUGAGACACCUGCGGGAGCAGAGAAUGUUUAUGAUCCAGACCAUAGCCCAGUACAAGUUUGUCUAUCAAGUGCUCAUCCAGUUCCUGCAAAACUCCAGACUUAUUUAAUCUUUUCAAACCUCCCAGACCCAGCUUUGUGGAUCUGACUGAA